AUGAUUGGUGAGGAUACAGUGCUCGAUCGACGUGGGAUGGAGGAGAUUAUGACGAGAGACCAGAGGACAACUUAUCACAGGGUUGAGAGGGCACCGGCUAUUGAUGACACGAGGACAAUUAAUUCGAAAUGUGAAAAGGGGAUUGCGGGUGGGAGGGUGUGUGCUAGGGGAAACAGGGAGUGUGAUGAGUGCGGGGUGACUUGUUCGUGUGAUUAUGGGAUUAAAAGACUUGGGAAGAGGUGGAGGAGAGGGACGACCUGCGGAAACACAUGGCUGAGGUUAGGUUGCCUACUAUUGACCCUGUUUGUGGUAUCAGUACAGGGUGCACCAACAAUGACACUCGAGAACAGACGACUGAAUUCUCCCGAAAAGUGGAUGAAUCCUUGUGGCGAAGGCUUGCCAACAGAGGAGAGUGACGGUGAGCCAGAGUAUGGUCCCCUAACUGACGCCGAAUUGCUGAACAUGGUGGCAGUUCAAGCGAAAACUGCUCUCAAUCAAGCCGAAGGGUUCAGGGACAAUUACAUCAAACAGACGUUUAACACCGACUUUGCCGUUCUGCACUCGGAGUGGAAGGACAACCACUAUGAUUGGUUGCCUGGGCCCGAUAAGAUACCAAAACAACUUGGCGAGCCACUGGCCCCGGAGUACCUGAGCAAAUUGGGAUUAGAAAUGCUUGACAAUAUUCUGCUUGAUGUCUACGAGUACAUGCAGACAUAUGCAGUUGGCCUGGAACAAAUAGUCUGGGACCACGAGGAUCACCGACUCGAGUUCCUCCAGAAGUUCAAGGACACUGAGUCAAGCCUCCAAACGGUGCUCUGUGAGCUGCAGGCUGCCCUGAUUGAGCGUGGUGUUACACCAAGAAAUAACAUCAGUCGUAAAGCAAUGUCCAAUGAUUAUCGUGGUGCAAUGUCAUCACAAGCGACAUUCAGAAAUCUACGUGACUGGCUGAUAUUUCGUGACUACAUGAAUGCUUUGGAAUACGUUGUAGAGGUGUUCGGACAUUUGAGUCGUGCUGUUAAAUCCUGAGGACGGCAAGGCGGAGGCCGGCGAAGGGGGACCAGACGACGACUCGGUUACUUAAGAAAAUUGUCAUUGAAACGUCUGGAGGCCCUACUAUCUUAAUGAGUAAAUUAAUUAUGUUGAUAGCUUUAGACUGAUUGACAAUGGCGAGCCAUUGGUGUUUGGUGGCCUGGAUCGUGAGACAUUGGGUUGCAUCAUUGUAUUCGGAAUAAUAUGGCGGUCUCGUUCAUUUCUGGAGCACAACAAAAUGGCGGCUGUGGGAAUUCGAGGUUAAGUGGGAAAAUUUACGGUGGAAAUAUUAAUUCUUUUGAUAACGGAAAAUUUGGGAUUAAAUUAGGUCUUAAUUUAAGACUUGGCUGCUUUGAGACAACUUCAUCUCCACUUUUAAGACAUUCGUUUGAUUAAAUGAGUGUCUUAAAUGCGUUGUCCCAAAGCUUAAUGCAUAUUUUUAUCAUCACAUCUUAAAUUAAGACAGUUUAAGACACUAUUUUUCAGUGCAUGGGAAAUGAUCAUUUUAGUCGGAUUUUCGUGCUCCGAAAAUUUUCGGUGGAAAUAUUAUUUUUCUUGACACCGGAAAAUUUGGGAUUAAAUUAGGUCUUAAUUUAAGACUUGGCUGCUUUGAGACAACUUCAUCUCCAUUUUUAAGACAUUCGUUUGAUUAAAUGAGUGUCUUAAAUGCGUUGUCCCAAAGCUUAAUGCAUAUUUUUAUCAUCACAUCUUAAAUUAAGACAGUUUAAGACACUAUUUUUCAGUGCAUGGGAAAUGAUCAUUUUAGUCGGAUUUUCGUGCUCCGAAAAUUUUCGGUGGAAAUAUUAUUUUUCUUGACACCGGAAAAUUUGGGAUUAAAUUAGGUCUUAAUUUAAGACUUGGCUGCUUUGAGACAACUUCAUCUCUACUUUUAAGACAUUCGUCUGAUUAAAUGAGUGUCUUAAAUGCGUUGUCCCAAAGCUUAAUGCAUAUUUUCAUCACCACGUCUUAAAUUAAGACAGUUUAAGACACUAUUUUUCAGUGCAUGGGAAAUGAUCAUUUUAAUCGGAUUUUCGUGUUCCGAAAAUUUGCGGUGGAAAUAUUAUUUUUCUUGAAACCGGAAAAUUUGGGAUUAAAUUAGGUCUUAAUUUAAGACAUGACUGCUUUGAGACAACUUCAUCUCCACUUUUAAGACAUUCGUCCGAUCAAAUGAAUAUUUUAAAUGCAUUGUUCCAGAGCGUGAUGCAUAUUUUUAUUGUCAUGUCUUAAACUAAGACAGUUUAAGACACUAUUUUUCAGUGCAGGAGAAAUAAUAAUUUCAAUCUGAUUUUCAUGCUCCAAAUUGCGGGAGGAAUAUCAACCUUGUGAUAACAGAAAAUUGUGGCUUAAAUCGUGGCUUAAUUUAAGACAUGACUGCUAUAAGACAACAUCAUCUCCACUUUUAAGACAUUUGUGCGAUGAACUGUAUGUCUUAAAUGCAUUGUCUUAAAGCUUGAUACAUUUUUUUAUCGUCACGUCUUAAAUUAAGACAUUUUAAGACACUGUUUUCGAGCGCAAGGGAAAUGAUCAUGUUAGUCGGAUUUUCAUGCUCCGAAAAUUUGGGGUGCGAAUAUCAAUUUUUUGAUACCACAAAAUUGAGGCUUAAAUCGAGGGUUAAUUUAAGACAUGGCUGUCUUAAGACGACUUCAUCUCCACUUCUAAGACAUUUAUCUGACGAAAUGAAUGUCUUGAAUGUGUUGUCUUAAACCUUGAUGCAUAUUUUUUCAAUCCUCAUGUCAUAAAUUAAGCCAUUUCAAGAAAAUAAUAAUUUCCACUCGUUUUUCAUGCUUCGAAAUUCUCCGCAGGAGUUCCAAUAUGGCCCUGGCUAUGAAGAAAUCGCGCGUAUUUCAUCUCCACCUUAUAUAGUCAUGAAAAUUCUUUGUCUCUAGGUUGUGCAUCCGAAGGCCAAUACCAUACCGUGCGUCAAACGUACAAUCAGUCUUCUUCGAAGUGCAAAUGGAACUGUACAUAUUAUAUGUAUAACUCACGAUAGAAUCCGUGUAAUUUAGUAGGGAACGAAAAAAAAAAUUGGUGAGUCGUUAGAAUUUCCGCCCGCCGCCCCCACCCCCCGGUUUUCCGCCUAUUCUCAAUCUAAUUAUCCUUUUAGUUAAUUUUAGGCCAUUUUUGAAAUGGUGGCAUUACAACUCUACACAAAACUCACGUAUUAACACCCCGUACACUUAUCAAUACUGAACAUUUUUUCGUGUGAAGGGAAAUUUUUAAACAAUGAUUGAGUACGAAAGGAUUCGAUGAUCGAAAAAUUUACAUGAUUUUUCAUCAUCUGAGAUUUUCCGGAAUUUUAAAUUAAAAACAGUCGGGUUCGAUAAAUUUCAAAUGAUUCCGACAGAUUCUAGCACUAGUUUUAGCCCCAAUUAGUGCUGAUCCUAUUUAUCGUCAUUAACAAAUUUUUAUUAUUCUCCGUGUGCAAGAAUUUAACAUUUUAAUAACACGUGUCGGACUGAUUUUUUUUAUUUCAUUUAUUCUGAAAAUCUCAAGUUUUACGUAGGUAACAAAAUUUUAUAUUCAUUUACAUUUAAACAAAAUAAUUAACGCGGUUUUGUAUAUUAUUUAUUUGGAAUGAGGGACAGAAUAAAAUGAUUAUGUUUGAAGGAACAAAGACAGAGAGUGAAAGAAGGGCAUUGCCAACACGUAUUUGACCGGGGUGUACGAGAGAACCCUGGCUCUGCAGUUGGGUUUAUUCACGCGGUAAAAAAAAAUGUAAAAAAAUCACCAGCUAACCUGUACACACACUCUCAUAUAGAUAUAUACAAAACACGUACACAGUGUUUCGCGCUUUCUUUACCUUAGAGACAGAAUGUGAAAUUAACGCGUGCGAAAUAUUGAGCCCUCGUAAUUCUCAAGGAAUCUCUCGUAUACACAACUUAAUUAUAAUUAAUAUUUAUUAAUUAAGUGUAGAAGUGUACUUGUAUUUAUUCAGAUUAUUUAUUUUAUUUUUGUAAAGGCUUUACACUCUGUAUUCCCGACCCGAUUUCUUCAUUUAAUUGAAGAUUGAAUUUGUGGGGGGAAAAUAGGGGAAUUCGCAGGAAGUGCUAGUGGCUUGAAUUAAGACGGUCUUAAUACGUUUAGGUACGGUAAUUUAAGACGUUUUCGGUAAAGGGUCUUGAGGCUUAAAUUUUAAGACAUCCAUGUCUUUUCGACCUAAAGUCUUAUUUUCCGGCUUAAAAAAGGUAUCUUGAGACAUAUUUGAGACCAAGAUAUUAUUCCGUGUUUUACGUCUUAAAUUGAGCUCUUUUAAGACAUCGGGUUUUGAGGUUUUCAACUUUAAGACAGUCAAUAGCGUUUGAAAUCACCAAAAAAUCAUCCAAUUUUGGGACAUUUGGAAACAUUUUCGUGAUUUAAGACACUAUUAAGACAUUAUUUCGUUUCAUAUCUUAAUUUAAGACACUGGUUUUUGUCAGUGAACCCUCCCCUCAUGAAUUGGUAUUUCCAAAUUCAAUUUUUGGGGAGAAAAGGGGGGAUUAAUUCACCGGAAGCGGUAAUGCUUUUGGUUAAGACGGUCUUAAUCCGUUUAGGCACGGAGAUUUAAGACGUUUUUUGUAUGCCCAAAAGAACAGUUGCCUCAAAAGUGAUGAAGUGUCUUAAGUUGCGAGAGUAUAAAUCUCCAAUUUGGAGGCUUAAAUUUCAUGUUUUAAAUUAAGACCUUUUAAAACAUUGGUUUGUGGAAUUUUGAGUUUUAAGACACUCAAAAGCGUUUCAAAUGAUAAAAAAAACAUCCAAUUUUUGGGACAUUUGGAAACAUUCUCGUGAUUUAAGGCACUAUUAAGACAUUUUUUUGCUUCAUAACUUAAUUUAAGAUACUGGUUUUUUGAGUGAAACUCCCCCUCACGAAUUCAUACUUCCAAAUUCCAUUUUUGGGGAGAAAAAGGGGUUCAAUUCACCAGAAGUGGUAAUGCCUUGGGCUAAGACUGUUUUAAUUCGUUUAAGCACGGACAUUUAAGACGAUUUUGGUAUACCGAAAAGAGCAGUUGUUUCAAAAGUGAUGAAAUGUCUUAAAUUGUGAGAGUAUAGUCCAAUUUGGAGGCUUAAACUUCAAGCCAUUAUUCCGCGUCUUAUGUCUUAAAUUAAGACCUAUGCAAACACAUGUCUUAAAUUUGACCACUAAAUAAAAAAACCGUCUCAUUUCAAGAUUUUUGAAAUUUUUUUCGUAAUUUAAGACACUAUUAAGACAACGUUUCGUCCCAUGUCUUAAUUUAAGACACUAGUAUUAUCUGUAAAAUAUCCGUCCCCUCAUGAAUUCAUCAAGUCGCGCUGCUGCUGUCAUCCAUCAUAAACUAUUUAUAAAAUUCACGCAUUCAUUUCAUCCUAGAGAGACGACUUAAUCUACUCUACUCCACCUUAGCAAUAUUACAUUAAAAAAUGUUGAUCAAUCAACGAAUAUUUCAUCAUAUCCCGACGAGCUUAUGUUCAUCCGAUAAUUCUCAAAACACCGGAUCACUCAUCAAUCAACUCAUUAAGCACGAAAAAUAAAGGUCUGAGAUGUACAUUCCCAAUGCAUCCCAGACUCGAUCAUCUCGUGUCUGUGAUAAGCAUCGCAAGCGUAUUAUAUUCCAUCGUAAACCAAUAUCACUAUUAUUUAAUUUAUUGUAACACCAGUAUUCAAUAUCCGAUCAAUCGACUCUUAACUCGUAUUGAUGUUUUUUUUUAAUUUUAUAAUUUAUACAGUAAUUUAGGCGCCACAAGAAGCAGCAGCGUUGACCUGUCUGAUUACAAUUAAUUACCUAAUUGUUUGAGAUUACAAUUCCCACAUUAAAAUCGUACGUUUCAAAAUUACAAGACCAGCGAUGUUGUUAGUACUAUUACCAUCUUUAUAAAUACAAAAUAUAGAACAAAAUUAUGCAUUAAAAAUUCCGUAAUCGCCGGUGUAAAUAAAAAAUCAAUUAUUAGUCAAUUAAAAACACAACAGAGUCAGUUUCAUAAUAACCCGCAACAAAUAAAUGUGACUAAACGUAUAAAGAAAUGAAUUAUGUGAAGGAGAAACUCGACAAAAAAAAUUGUAAUUUUAAUUGUCAAUCAAUCGCUUAAAUCGUAUAUAUUGUAUAUAAAGAGAUUCCGAUAUAAACUUACGGAAAGAAACUAUGCAAAAAUUGAAACUACAAAUUAUUAUUAUAUAUGUGGAUAUGUAAUAUGUAUAAGGGCCCCUCCUCUCAGAAUGCCCGCUCUGUUGUAUCAUAUUAAACCAAAGACCGUUCAAUAUCGAUAAA